AUGAGCGUCGAAGGGGUAAUGGUGUCGUACAACUAUUCAGAAGACGAGGAACACGCCAAUAUCCUCACAGUAUCAGCAUCGGGGAUCAAAUUCUCCAACCGAUGGGUGUUAACUCACGGCUCUAUCCUAUCGCCGUUGAAGCAGGCUAGAAUAGUACAGAACGCGAAAGGCAAACCUAUAUUGAACGACGAUUUCUAUAAUAAUCUACCAGAAAUAUACGUAACAUGUGAAAAGACUACGAAGAACGAUGGCAACAUGUAUGAAGCUGUUGAAAAGCUGAGCCGAGACAGGAAUGUGGAAAGUAAUGAUUUUGAACAUAGCAGUUAUCAGAUCAGGGUUCUAACCGGCAGGAUAUGUCACGUGUGGCAGUGUCCUAUACUGGACCGGUGUGUUGAUGAUAUACUAUACAGUUGGACUAUAGGUCAUCGGGACGGGGAUGUUCAAGCGCAGACGCAGCUCGGGAAAGCACUACUCUCAGUAUUCGUAUUGGUCGACUUGGAGAGUGAUGACAGAGCAUUGAAAACACUAAGACCGCUAUCAGAGUUGCUGGACAUUGUGCGACCACCACCACAAAGAGGUUCUACUAUUGAAGUUCAUUCUACCCCCUUCGGUUGUGAGGUAUUUUUAAAUGCAGUCACACGAGGGUCCAUUUGCGGUGUGGUCGGGAAGAGGCCGUCGUUACUUCUCGCCGAUGCAGCGACAGCGCUCGGCUCUGAAGGUGGUCCAGUAUUCACAGAAGGACCAACUAAUGAACUGAUAGGUGCAGUGGUGUGCAGCGUGUCGUGGUGGCGCGGUGAGUGGGUGGGGUUGACUCUAGCGGCGCCGCUGGCGUCGGUGCUGGGAGCCAAGCUUAGAGUAACCCCACAGACGGUACCACGCUCGUUGCCGACCAAACCACAAAGUGACAUAUUAGACGUAGUGGACAGCACGACGGUGCUGGUGCGGUGCGGGGCGGCGUGGGGCGCGGGCGCGUGGCUGGGCGCGGGCGCCGUGCUCACCGCCGCGCACGUCGUCAAAAACUACACUACGAACAAAGUGUCAGUAUUCUGCGGUGGUGUAAAGGGAACAGCUAUAGUACGAUACAAGACGAAGGAUGAUAAGGCGUUCGACUUGGCGGUGCUCUACACCAACCCUGAGCAAUGGAAGCAUCUGAUACCUGCUGUGUUUGCAGAUGAACCAGCCGAGAAAGGUGAAUCAGUGUUAGCGGCUGGCUACCCAUACUUUAAUGAAAAGAAUCUAGAAGACCUCAAGCCCACCGUGACGUCGGGUCAUAUCAAUAGCGUCUCACCUUCGAUGCUGCAAACCUCUUGCUGCGUACAAUCGGGAUUUAGCGGUGGACCUAUAUUUCGGUUGACCAAACAUUCGGUAGAAGUCCUAGGAAUCAUCGUCAGUAACGCUAAAACGAAUACAGGCGCCUGUUACCCAUACAUCAAUAUGGCUGUACCGGCUCGGGCCUUCAAGAAACUGCUACAAGACUUCGCGAUAGACAGAGAUACGACGAAACUCAAGGCCAUGGAAAACAACAAGGAAAUAAUACAAUCACAGUGGCGACUGUUGCCUUAUCGCUCUAAGAUUUAG